UACAAGUCCCCAUAUAAUUCCACCAGCCGCCGACAGCGAACUCUCCUUGCUUGCAAUUUCCUCUCGGUCAUUGCAGUGAAACAAAAGGCCGUUUCCGCCGCAUUGUAACAACAGUCCUUUCUAGACGGGCUCAAAAGUGGCUUGCAGGAUUACCCUUGUGCAACUAGGCUUAUCGCUUUCUAUUUCUUACUUCCACUCCGUUUCUUGUCUGUCACUCACCGCCCUGGAACCAAAUUGAACUCAUCGCAAUGAACACUACUUUGGAACCCUCUACUUCACCUACCGAUAAUCGACCCCCCUCCGAACAAAGGAAACAAAGUCCACCGGCCUUUUUGGACUUGGCGGACUCUGCGGCGAGGCUGGGGACUAAUAUGCCGGACAUCUCUGCUCGCGUGGAACUCAAACGCAUGGAGCAUGAGCGCCAGCGCGCCCUUCAGCGGAAAAUGUUCGAGGAUCAAAUGCGGGUCCUAGAGCACCAGCAGGCCCAGGAACUCCUUAGCAUUCCUUAUGACCCAAGUUCUGCCGGUACUGCCACCUCGGACAAGCGCAAGUCAGUCACGUACGCGCCCUCCGUCAACCACUCCCCGGAGAUGAGUCUGGCCCCUUCCUCCGGUCAGGCGUAUGGACGCAUCGGCGCGAAGAGCAUGCCCGCCAGUCGUCGCACGUCCGCUAGCGAACAUGACGAGGAGCUUGCUGGUCACUUGCAGGGCCUAUCCUUGGCAGGAGAAAGCAAUGGCACGGCCUCUCCUCUAUCCAGGACUCCGUCUGUGUCUGUCCUGCGUCGUGGCGCGUCUGGAGAUGAGCCAGCCGGUGCGUACGGGAAGGGGUACAAUGCUGGGAUGAUGUUGGACGAGCAACUCGACCAAGAGAUGCAUAAUGCCAUGAGACAUCUUCCAACCUCUGAUGACGACAAAUAUCAGUAUCAGAACAAGCUGUCGACUUCUUCGGCCGCGUUGGACCUUGCUCCGCUGUCUCAGACUCCCCCUCGCCCGUCGCUAGCUGGUAGGGGCUUGGAGGCCCGCGAAAAGGCCUCGGAAUGGCCGCAGUUUACUCGUGGGCAGGAUGGUCUUCCUGUGAGAUCUGACAGACGCACCGUCACCAACCCGCCACUGAACUUGGGUUCUGGCAUCGACUUGACUAACAAGUUGGGCUCUACUAUGUCUGCGUCGACCACUCCUCACCUGCAACAGAGUCUUGCUAACUCUCGCCGGGGGUCCCCCUUGGGUAUCCAGGACCCAUUGUCCAUUGCGACGAGGUCUGUUCCGGGCACCCCUCUGGCUGGGUUACCUAGUGUUGCCUCCCAGUUCUUGAAGACUCCGGGCACCCCUUUGUCUCCUGAUGCGCAGGGCCUGAACGGUCGCCUGACCAAUCAGUCAGGCCAGUUAGGUGACGGUAGCGGUAGUGCUGGGGACCUUCGGGCGUCUUUGUCUAGAGCCCCUUCUGCUCAGUACGACGGGUCUCAGACGCCGCUGACGUUCAACUCCAUCCAGUCGAGUCUCGAUGAUUCACUGCAGUCCUACGGCGGGGAAUCCGUGUACAGCCUCAAUGCAGGCCUGGAUAAUAACUAUAAUUCCUACGGAUUCGACACGAAUGGGCGUAUCAACACCCCGUUGAAUGGUGCGCCAGGGUCUGCGGCCUUGUACAAUAACCAGGGUUCUCGUUAUGGUGUGGGCAGCCGAGUGAAUGGGGUGGACGCUAAGAUGAAUGGGCUCCACGGUCCGAAGCAUAAGCGCGGCGAUGUUGACAGGGAGUUUAACCGGUUCGCUGGCACUCGUCUGGAAGAUCUGCAGGGCGAGAUCUUGGGGCUCUGCAAGGACCAGCAUGGCUGUCGGUACUUGCAGAAGAAGCUCGAGGAGGGUGUCCCUGAGCAUCGGGACAUGAUCUUCCGGGAGACCUUUGGUCAUUUUGCGGACUUGAUGACGGACCCCUUCGGCAACUACUUGUGCCAAAAGUUGCUGGAGUACUCAACCGAUGAACAACGGAAUGUGAUCUGCGAAUCUGUAGCACAGGAUCUGGUGAACAUCUCCUUGAACAUGCACGGCACCCGGGCCGUUCAGAAGAUGAUAGAUUUCCUGUCAACUAGAAGACAGAUCCACUCUAUUAUUGUCGCCCUCAGUCUUCAUGUUGUAGUGCUAAUCAAGGACCUGAAUGGCAAUCACGUAAUUCAAAAGUGCUUGAACAAGCUUGCGCCGGAAGAUAAUCAGUUCAUCUAUAACGCUGUUGCGGCCAACUGCGUCGAAGUCGCUACUCACCGUCAUGGAUGCUGCGUCUUGCAGCGAUGCAUUGAUCACGCAUCUGAUCACCAACGUGUUCAAUUGGUGAACGAGAUUACUUACAACGCGCUUACCCUAGUUCAGGACCCAUACGGCAACUAUGUUGUACAAUAUAUUCUAGACCUGAACGACAAUCGCUUCAGUGACGCCGUUAUUCGUCAAUUCACGGGCAACGUCUGCGCGCUCUCCGUGCAGAAGUUCAGCUCCAACGUGAUUGAGAAGUGUAUACGGGUCGCUGAGCACAGCACUCGAAAGUUGUUAAUUGAGGAAAUGUUGAACCGCACUCGCCUGGAGAAGCUGUUGCGUGACUCGUAUGGCAAUUACUGCGUCCAGACUGCAUUGGAUUAUGCGGAACCUACCCAGCGUGCUCUCCUUGUUGAAGGUAUCCGGCCGGUCUUGCCGCUGAUUCGGAACACGCCAUACGGGAAGCGCAUCCAAAACAAGUUGCAACGCGAGCAGCAAAUGGAGCAAUUCGGUGGUUACUCUGGACAGCAGUCCGUGGCCGGUAUGAGCUUGAGUGUUCAAGGACUAGGUGGUGCCCAUCUGGGGAGCCGUCAUAUUCCUGGUCAAGGUCUGCAUCAAAGUAACGGAUUAGCCGACGUCUACGGCACGCAGAAUGGGCUGUACUCUCUACCGGGCCAAGGCUCUCUCGCACAGACGCAUCUCCACGGUUCUCAGUUGCAUGGGUUGCAACCGCACUCGAUAGACUCUUACGUUCUCCAAGGUGGAUCUCCCCAGGGCCUGACGCCCACUCACACCAUGGGAGGCGGGUUCAACGGCGUUUCUACCUUCCAGAACGUUAAUGGCCCGUUCGCCAGUGUCGGACUCUCGGGAACGCUGAACGACCCGUACCAGCGAACCUCUUUCGGAUACGGAAUGUAAUCUAGUCCGCCCCAAAAUCGUCCAGGUCACGAUGAAUUAGGGCAUCCGCUCGUUUACCCAAGCCAUACCCUAUGUGUAAAACUCAAGAACAGGUCUUAUGCUCGUUUACAUUCUCCGACAUCUACAUUAUAUCCAUCGCUCGACUCACCCCUGACUGUUUACUAUGCCAUCUCAUCGCUCGGACCUGCUCGGGCAGUCGAUAUAACAUACCAGCACGCAUUGUAUUCCGAAUUCGCAUUAUUGACUUGGUCGUAUUUUGCUUUCCCUAGUAUCGAACUCACGUUUUAUUAUUGCCUGCGUUGUAUACACAGUACUUUCAUUUGUAAAGUAUUUUGUCCACUGUCACUGGCUCAGGUCGUUUGUCUAAUAGCAUAUCUCCCAGCGCUAUUUGUCUGUCAUUGUGUAGUUAUUCUGCAACCAACUUGUUUUCGCUCAUACAAGAUAUCGAGGGAAAAGGUCCGACACCUGCACCACACCAGCACUGUAUCUCUGCGAAGUCCAAAGGAAGGCCCGGACGACGGCUUACUCUGGCAAAUCUGUCGCUCCAUCACUUAGGUCGGGCAAUCUGAGUUGCAGAAUCAUGUCUCGUUGGUCACAUGGACAUAGGCAUACAAGACAGCACCGAGUGUGAAUGCAUGAGAGAGCAGAAAGCGAGAUGAGGGUGUGAGAGAGACAGAAAGAGGCUAGGUGAGACGAAUAGGCUUCACCGGUUCUUCACGAAACCGAUCUGGCUGGACUUCUCCCGGAAGCAUUGACGGCAGAGGUCAAGACCAUACUUGCGGAUGAGACCAGCCUGGUGCGCGCACAGACGG